AUGCUUCCCCUGGGCGACGUUAUCCGCAGCUUCGGAAUUAGUUUCCAUUGCUAUGCGGAUGACACCCAGCUCUACAUUCCUGUAGAUUCCGGGGACUCUGCCCAGAUUCAAAGGGUUGAGUCCUGUCUGGCUGCUGUGAAGGGCUGGAUGUCACAAAACUUCCUACAGCUUAAUACUGGGAAGACAGAGCUGAUAAUUAUCGGCUCGAAGCGGGACCGGGAAGAGUUUGAGGAUGUCUCUCUCUGGUUGGAUGGCUUCGCCAUCCCACAGAGUGCGUCCGUCAAAAAUCUUGGUGUCCUGUUUGACCCUCAAUUAUGCUUUGACCAACAUAUAAGAAGUAUAACUAGAAUUGCCUUUUUCCAUCUGAGAAACAUUGCAAGAAUCAGACCAAUGUUAUCUGCAGUGGAUGCAGAGACACUGAUUCAUGCAUUUGUUUCGUCAAGACUGGACUAUUGCAAUGCACUGUUCUCGGGAUUACAGAACUCUACCACAAAAAGUCUACAGCUGGUACACAGUGCGGCAGCUAGACUGCUGACCAGAACGAGAAAGUUUGAUCAUAUUACACCUAUUCGCUCGGUGCAAGAAGCUACUUCCGUUCUACUUCCGCUCCCUCGUUUGUGA